CAGAAUUUAUUUGGGCUAUAUUUACUAUUAUAUAUAAAGGCCCGGCCCACAUCAAUACAAAUUUUGGCCCAACAACAAUUUAUAAUCUUAAGGUAAUAUUCAUAGCACCCCCAAUAAAAUCCAAACUCAAAAUUAAUAUAAUCUCGUAAUCACCUCAAAGUUUGACCAAAUUAAUUACGUUACCACCCCUAACAGGAAGGGGCCCCACCACGUGUCGUCAUCGUAAGGUCACAAUUAACUCACUAAACACACAUCCACCGUUGAUUCUCCCUACACCGCACUAUAUAGGUUUUGUUUGGGGGAGGGUCCCCCUUUUACUCUGCAUCACCCGUUAGAUAAAAAGUGGGUCCAAUUUUUAUUUUUUCCUCCACCAACAAAAUUAUACACAUGGCUUCAAUUCUCCCCCACCACCGCCACCGCCACCACCCCACCACCACCACCCACCACCAAAAUCUUGAAACCCGAAAUGAUGACGACGACGAUGAUGUCACCGCCCUCCCCGCCGACCCACUCCUCUCGAACGACUACACCAUCACCGCCGUCGGUCCGGCGGAGAACGACGGCGCAUCGCCACCUCCGUCGCAGCGUUGCAACGUCGUGGCACUUUUGAAGGACGAGCCGUCGGAGGGCUCCGUUCAGGAAGGUGGGAUCUCGAAUCCUCCAGUGACGGCGAUGGUGGUUGCUCCGCCGAAGAGGUCGAGCAAGGACCGGCACACGAAGGUGGAGGGCCGCGGCCGCAGGAUACGGAUGCCGGCGGCGUGCGCAGCUCGUAUAUUCCAACUGACGCGGGAGCUCGGCCACAAAUCCGACGGCGAGACCAUUCGCUGGCUACUCGAGCGGGCUGAGCCGGCCAUCAUCGAAGCCACCGGCACAGGCACCGUACCCGCGAUAGCUGUCUCCGUGAACGGCACGCUGAAAAUCCCGACAACCCCCACCUCCGCCGCCGCCGCCGCCGCCGCAUCCGGCCCGGAAACUCCAAGGAAGCGGAGGAAAAGGGCUUCGAACAGCGAGUUUUACGACGGUAACGGUAACGAUGCUUCCAGUUUCGCCCCCGUGGCCCCCAUUACACCACAAGGACUGGUUCCGGUAUUUCCCAGUGGAACUUUUUUCAUGAUCCCACCUUCCGCCGGAGCCGCCGCAGUUACCGCGGCGGGGCCGUCGAGCCAGCCGCAGUUCUGGGCCAUACCGGCCACCGCAACCCCGGUUUACAACGUCUCGGGGAGGCCGAUAUCUAAUUUCAUGAGUUUCGGCGUUCCCACCGGCGGCGGAAACGGUGAGGCUGAGAUGGGAGCAAACAAAAGUAGUUGCAGUAGCGACAAAAUAGGAGCAACGACAAUGGCAGCCAGUUCAAUUUCUACGGUGGGUACUACAGAAGUAGCGGCAGGUACAAGAAAUUCGACGCAGAUGCUUAGGGAUUUUUCUUUAGAGGUUUACGAGAAGAGGGAGCUUCAGUUUAUGGUGGGUUCUGCCGCAGGGAAUCACGACCAAACCCCAUCCCCUGAAUCCUGAAUCAUAGAUUUAUGUGAACACAUCUCUGAAAUGAAAUUAGGGUUUUCGGCCAUAGAAUUUUGAGAUUUUUAAUAUUGAUUUGUCGUAUCAGAUUGUUUAACAGUGUAUUAGGCCUUUUCUUAUUUUUUAUGUUUUUUUUUAUUUUAAUUUAUAAUCUAGGCAUGCUUCAGAUUGUAAAUAACUUGACAUUUAGAGCAAUUGUUGAAUCCCAUUUUCCUGAUUUUUAGAAAAUCUAAUGUGAAAAAUGGCAAAUUAAAUUGAUGACUUUUUA